UCUUCUUUGGAUGAUACUGGAGAGUCUCAGUAUUCAGCUUCAUCAUGGCUGGAUGCUUGUUGUUUGUCAUCCUCAUGUGUUCCUUGCAUGAGAUGCCGGUUCAAGGACAUCCUCCACCUACACUGACAGUGAAUCCACCAGUGAUCACAGAGACAGACUCAGUCACACUGAUCUGUCAGGCUCCAUCAGCGGUUUCUGUGUAUCAGUGUUAUUUCUACGUCGUGGUGCGAGAAACUACGAAAGGCUUCUCCUGUCUACAGACACUGACAGGGACUGAGCUGCUGUUUUUGGCACAUCAGAGUUCACCUGCCGAGGUUCAAGUGACAUGUUUUUACACUGUAAAGCUUGGAGAUGUAAAUUCUCCAUCUCAAUACAGUGACAUGUACUCCAUUACCAUACAUACAAAGUGCUUUCGUUGCCUAAACCUAACCACAGACAAGACUCUAGAUGCAAGCCUCGGUCUCUUACGUGACAGUUGUGCACUUUGUACGUCCGCCAGCCACUUCAACCACUUCCUGGUUCUGAGAAACUUAAUGGUCGGGAUCCUCAAAAUGAGAACUCUGACACACACCAUGUGUACUCCACCAUCUCUGAGGAGCCAUCUGCAUCAGCCCUGAAGGAUUUGGUGUACAGCACCCUGCAAGCACAUUGAAACCUGUAUAGGGGAACAGAAAGCAGAAUGCCUAGAGAACUGUUUUUAAACGAUGUGUAUUUUUUAACCUUGUCUUUUAUAUUGUAUUUUAUUAUCUACUAGGGAGGUAAAUUGACGUAGGUAAUAUUUUUGUUCUGAUGUUGACCUGCAAGAAGCCUUUGAUCAGGCAACCGUGGAGUCCUUUCCAAACUAAGGACAGUUGGCAUGAUUGAUACAGUUCUUAGCUGUGUGGCUUUUUAUCUGUCAGGAAGGGACCAGCAGGUUGAUGUUGGGGAGUAUCUUUCUGAGCCUAUAGCUGUCACUUGUGGAGUGCCACAGGGCAACAUCCAGGGCACCCUCCUCUUUUUAAUUUAAGUUAAUGACAUGAAAACAGCAGCUUUUAUAUUUAGGUAAGUCCUAGUCUAUCUUGUUUAAAUUGAUUAGGCUAAGGAAUAACUCUGACCAGGAUAUUACAGUAAGAUUGUUGUUAGUUUGUGGUAUGAAGCCCUUUCUCAAACUUGGAAACACGAACUCCAAGAAGCCCAAAAGAAACUAGAGAGAAUCAUCCUCGGACGUAGUUCGAGGAGUCAGUUUGACAGUGUUUACUUUGACAUGAGUAUCCUGCUUAUUCGGGAGAUGACGUUUACAUGGAACACAAAACAUAGAAAUCUGGUUACGCAUAUUCCUAUAUACAUGAUAAUUACUAGUAUCCUGGCAGUUACUGAUUACUACAUGCUAUUUGCGCAGGUGCCUGUGAUGUGUAUAAACACAAACUGCAAAUUUUGAAAUCAUUAAUCUGACAUUCCUGCAACUGCUAAUUUUAAAUAAAUUUGACUGUGGUUAUUGAGAAGCCACUUUGGCUUCUAUCAGCCUUAACACGACACGUAGUAUAGUGUUUACUUAUAUACUUAGCAACAUUUCUUUAGUAUUUUCCACCGUGACCUGACUUGUUUCACUGUAUGUGUUGGGAAACCGGCCGCAUGUAACCUGUUUGCUACAGAAUUGAAAAGGUCAGCAUUCUGAUGCUUUCUCCCACCUAAAUGACCAAGUACAUUUAAGUCUUUCAUUACAGAAAGAUAAAAAAAUUCUGUGUCUUCAUUGCUCCAAAAGUGAGAGGCUUUCACUGCUGCUACUGUUUGUGUUUUUGUUAUAUCACUUGGCAGUAUUCUGAAACCUCAAUAAGAUGUAUAUAUACAAAAUUGUACCGAUUUCUUUUGAUAUCCACAUAUCCACAAAGUGUUUAUUGCCAAUGCAAAAUGUUCAUACUAAAUCUAUCUGCAAAAUGUUAUUUAGAAAAAUGUUUCAUUGGAUAUCCUAAAAUAUCUGUUGAAACUAAACCCUGAGUAAUGUUUUUAAGGUUAUGUUAAGGCAGCUCCAAGCACAUAAUUACU